AUGAGGCUUGUAGGCCCGACUGAGCCUCUACACCCAGAGCUUCAGUCCUGGCGUUACCGCCUCAGUCCUGGGGUCUACAGCCUCAGUCCUGGGUCCAGGCUUCAGGUCAUGGGUCCCACCGCCUCAGUCCUGGGUCUAGAGCCUCAGUCCUGGGUCUACAGCCUCAGCCCUGGUUCUGGGUCUACAGGCUCAGUCCUGGAUCUCAAGCCUCAGUCCUGGGCUACAGCCUCAGUCCUGGGUCUAGAGCCUCAGUCCUGGGUCUACAGCCUCAGUCCUGGGUCUACCGCCUCAGUCCUGGGUCUAGAGCCUCAGUCCUGGGUCUACAGCCUCAGUCCUGUGUCUACAGCCUCCCAGUCCUGGUCUAGAGCCUCAGUCAAGGGUCUACCGUCCUCAGUCUGGCGUCUAGAGCCUCAGUCCUGGGGGCUCCAGGCUCAGUCCUGGGUCUACAGCCUCAGUCCUGGGUCUACAGCCUCAGUCCCUGGGUUCAGAGGCUUCAGUCCUGGGUCCACAGCUCAAUCUGGGGUUAAAGCUCAGUCACUCGGGGUGUAG